UCCUAGGGUGUCCCUGGGAGGCUGCCGCACCUCCUGCUGUCUGCCAGCUCCUUACAUGCUUGAUCUGCCCUCACUCACUCAAGUAAGAUGGCAGCUGCAAGCCGGGCACUGAGCGCCCUGCGCCUCGACACCAUCCCCAGGCUGCCUCCGGUGAUCGCCCUCUCCAGCCGCAGCAACUCCAACCGCACUUCAGUCUCCCACCUCCACAGGCAGCUCUACGGCCGCCUCUAUCCCGUCCUGCUGGUCAAGACCGACGGCUCCACCAUCCGCCUGCGCUACAAGGAGCCCAAGCGGAUCCUCAUGCUGCCGGUCGACAGCAACACGCUGCCCGAGGCGGAGCGCAAGGCGCGGCUGCGGAGGCAGUUCCCCAGCAAGCCCAAGGCCGAGCAGGAGGACACCUUCGAGGGCAUCGACCUGGGCACCUACGAGCGGUUCUGGAAGAAGUGAGGCGGCGGAACCAGCCUUUAAUAAACAAAUACAACCGGCAAA